AUGCGGGGAGAAAUAAUCAAGACCCUAUCAAUCAUUGGUGAUAAUUCACACCUUUUUCCCGUGGCGAUUGCUUGUGACCAUGAGAGGGAAGCAAUUAUAUUUCAGGACUUAGUUCCACGAGGUUAUAGAAUUGUCGAUCGAACUACGAGACUUGAUCUACCUCAUGCUGAAAUGGUCCUGAGUAAAUUGGCAAGAAUGCAUGCAGCUUCAGUUGUUCUUGGUCAAUCAGAUCCGGAUAUUGCUGAUAAUUUUUCAGGUGGACUCUUAAGUCAGUCCAAUUCUGGUAUCAGUAGAAUAUUUCUAACUAAUUUAGAUGCAUUGAUUGAGGAAAUUGACAAAUGGGAUAAAUUUGAAAAAUAUGCAUUAAAGUUAAAGAAAAUUCGUAAGGAUUUUUCCCAGAGAGGAAUUGAUGCUUACAAACCUUCUGAACGUUUUAUGAAUGUCCUAAUUCAUGGAGAUCUCUGGACAAAUAAUGUUCUAUUCAAGUACAAUUCAAAAAAUGAACCGAUUGAUGUUCUUUUAGUUGAUCUCCAAUUUUCCUGCUGGACAUCACCAGCCGUUGAUUUACUCUACUUUUUCCACACUUCCCUACAGGAAGAUAUUCGACAAACAAAGAUAGAUCACUUGGUGUACUUUUAUCAUACUGAAUUAUUCCAAAUUUUGAGCAAAUUUGCGACAAUUCAAUCAGUACCAUCAUUGGCUGAGCUACAGAAUAUGCUCCAAGAAAAACGUUUCAUUAGCUUUUUUACUGGACUUCUUGUACAACCGACAAUGAUUGUAGAUGAUAGAAUUAUGCCCAUGAAACCUUCACGUGAUAUAGAACAUCACAGAGAAAAAGUAUCUACAUUAUACAGACAACCAAAAGUUCAACGAGCAAUUAAAUAUUUACUCCCUUACCUAGAGAAGCAGGGAAUUCUUGAAUAAUUUACUACUGUUAAUACGUUUAAGAGAUAAGAUACGCAUUUUUAUCAAGAUGAAUUUAAUGUUUUGUAUAAUUACGGUUACAGUUACAACAUCCAAUAUAGGAACUAGGUUUUCUUGCAAACGAACGUUCUAGAUUAUGUGUUUUUAUUAUUUUUUUUCCCUUAC